AUGGAGGUGCUUCCAGAGGAAUACAGAGUCACGGAUCCUACCUGCCACCUGCCUGUCUUCCAAUAUGACUUUGGUCUCACCUUCCAGAAGUUUCUCAACUAUGCACUUCAGCACAACCUUGUUUUGGUGCCCGAGAACCCAGAGAACAAUGAUCCCAAGGACAUCAGAGGGGGUCUCAUCAUAUCCUCCUUGUGUGAUAUAACCCAAUAUCUUCAAUGUCUUUGUCGCUUGCCACUCAGAUAUGUGAAUCCCAUAUCGCUCAACUAUGAUGUCAUCAUUGCAAUGUACUCCAACUACAUGAAGAAGGAUGAGGAUCACACUAAAGUCAUGUGUCAGAUGAGUGAGGAGCUCAGUUGCCCAAAGGAUCCCAUGUGGUAUCAGGACUCUUGUUAA